AAAAAAAACUCAAAUAGAUCAGAGAAGCGGUGCGGUGCGGUGGAUUCCUUCUCGCCAGUGAUAGGUGUUGGUUGAAAUUGGACAAAGGAUGUCAUUUCCCUUUUUGUCCUUUUCAUUGUUCCAUUAAAUCAACACUGCAAUCCUCGAAUGAACAUAACACUGUUCAUUCUAUUUGCUAUUUCAAAUGCACAAAGGAAAAUCAGAUUCUGUCUCCAUCUUCAGUUCCCUUCCUGAAGAUGUUGUCCUCAAGAUUGCUUCGCUGCUUCAGGUGCGGGAUUUGUGUGCCUUAGGUUGUUGUUCGAGGUUUUGGAGGGAACUCUGCUUCUCGGAUUGCAUUUGGGAGUCUCUUGUCAGAAACAGAUGGCCCUUACUCUCUUCCUUCCAUUUCCCUUCCUCUUCUACUCUCACUCAUUCUCCCAGUUUCAAGAAGUGGAGGAAAUUGUACUCGGAUAGGCACUUGGAAUUGGGAGUGAGAGCAAGGUCUGUUGUGAAGUUUGUGGAAGCUUGCUCACCUUCUGAAUCACUUGAGGUUGGGGACCAUCUGAAAGCUGUUGACACCCUGAUUGGUACGAGCUUUGGGUUUGAAGACGUGCAAAGGUUCUUGUUCGACCCUCAAAUGAAUGUGCUGAUUAACUUGGUUGGGGUACACUAUUGCCUCACAACUCUUGGGAUUCGGGUAUAUGAACUUCGUUCGUGCGAACCCUUUUGGAGUCUUGACCAGAGUAGUAUGUAUUUAAUAUGUAAGUGUCUUCAAUGGCAGGGUGAUAAUCUUGUAGAAACUCUUCGGACUCAUGAGAUCUCAGAUCGGCGUGUCUGUGUGAAGUGGUGGAAAGUUGGUAGAUGGUUCUAUGGCUUCCGUAUGAGGGAUGAAACACAUUCUCGGUGGGUUUCUUUGGCAGAUUUGGCAGCAGAAGAUGAUGAGCAUGUUUUGGGAGUGCUUCGCAGAGGUACUAUUCAUGAGGUUUUACGUGUUCAAAUCUCUGUGAUUGGUCGUAAAUCAGCACAUUGGUCGCACAGAUUGGAAUAGAAAGUUAUAGGGAGAUCACAUAAGGCAGUGAUAGCUAUCAGUAAUUCAGUUUCAUUGUGUAUAGUUUGUUUUCAAACUCUGUUGUCGUAAUAUAUACAAAGAAUGUCAUCAAAGAUAAUACAAUAACAAGUUCAUAAUGCUUAUUGGCAUAUUUGAACUCCCAAUCUUGUUGUAUAUAACUAUGAAUUCACAAACUUGAUUUAUGGCAGCUCCAUAUAAAAUAAAUAAAUAAAAAAGGCUUGAAGGUUUGUUUA